AUGGCUUGCUGCGGUGGUUCUAUCUCUUCCGACAUGCGGGCAACCGUGACCGAGGUCCCCGCCUCGGCCAACGCCACUGGCCCCGGCUACAACAUCCAGGGCUACGAGGACCUCAAGUACACCUACUCGUUUGUCGACAACGUCUUUGACCAGAAGAAGGACGACCUCGCCUCCUACUACCAGAAGUGGGGCCGUGUCCUCUGCGUCCUCGACGAGAACCUCAACGAGCUGUACGGCCCUUCCAUCAAGGCCUACUUCAGCGCCCACAACAUCAAGCCUACGCUCCACGUCUUCAAGGGCGGUGAGCUGCACAAGACCAUGGACACCAUGCUCGGCUUUGUGGACGCUAUGGACUCGUUUGGUCUGAUCCGCAAGGAGCCCGUGCUGGUCGUCGGCGGUGGUCUGGCGUCGGACGUGCUCGGCUACGCGUGCGCCUCGUACCGUCGCAGCACCAACUACAUCCGCGUCGGCACGACGCUCAUUGCGCUCAUCGACGCCGCCAUCUCGAUCAAGGUGGGCAUCAACCACAAGAAGCUCAAGAACCGCCUGGGCGCCUACCACGCCCCCAUGCACACCUUCCUCGACUUUGACUUCCUCAAGACGCUGCCCAUUGGCCAGACGCGCAACGGCACGGCCGAGCUCAUCAAGAUCCUCCACUGCACGGACAAGUACACGUGGAACCUGCUCGUCAAGUACGGUGAGGACCUCGUCAACACCGCCUACGGCCGCAACGCAACGGGCCCGGGUGCCAAGGAGCUCAAGGCGGCCGCCGACGAGAUCUGCCGCAACGCCAUCAAGGGCAUGCUCGACCUCGAGUCGCCCAACCUGCACGAGAUUGGCCUCGACCGCGUGAUCGCCAACGGUCACUCGAUCUCGCCUACGCUCGAGCUUGCGCCGUUCCCGCCUCUGCGCCACGGCCACGCUGUGUGCAUCGACAUGGCGUGGUCCGUGACGCUGGCGCACAUGCGCGGCUACAUUGGCGACGAGGACCGCGACCAGUGGUUCCGUCUUGCGGGCCAGGUGGGUCUGUCGGUGGACCAUCCCUUGCUGACGGACGAGCUGAUGCGCGAGGCCAACGAGGCGAUCAAGAAGACGCGCGACGGCCUGCAGCGCUUUGUGCUCGCCAAGCCGCUGGGCACGUGCGUGUUCGCCAACGACAUCACCGAGGACGAGUUUGUCAAGUCGCUCGCCGUGCACAAGGCGUACGUCAAGAAGAUCGGCCGCGGCGACGGUGUGGGUCUGGACGCCUACGCGGACGCCGGUGACCUGGGCGCCGACCCCGAGGCGCUGCUCAAGGAGCGCAAGGCCGAGGCAGCGCGCCUCAACGGCGCCCACAAGUCCGAGGCGAUCGCCACCAGGGCUGCGCCCGCCGCUGCCACCGCCGCUGUGGCUGCCUAA